AGCAGGAAGUGUCCCAGGGGAGGGAGCCGGAGGGCUCCGGCCUUUCCUUUCCUCGGCGUCCGGCGGGCUCCGGCAGUGGCCAGGCCUGCGCCGCCCGCCAACAGGGACGAGUCGCGGCGGCGCCUCCAUUUGCCCCCGAGCCGAGCCGUGGCGUUCCGGAUGAUCGGGAGACGCGGUCUGGACGGGCCGGGAAAGGAGCCGGGCGCCUGCGGAGACGCCGCCUCAGCGAGUACGCCCGGCCGGGCGGGCCGGGAGGAUGAGGACGGCUGCCCUGGACUUCCGCCGCCACAGGAGGGCUUUCGGCCGGACGCCGGGAGGGAGCUCCGGGCUGUGAGCUCUAUUUGUAAAGGUCUUGAGAACAAGAACAGUGACUUCGGCUGCGGAGCUUCAAUAUAGUGGCCUGCUUGGCCUGCCCAUCUCGGGUCUCUCCCGGAGGACCCGGCCACUUAAGGGUCGUCUUCUGCUGCUGACCCCCAUCAAAUCCCAUCAUGCCCACAGCCCUGUGCCCCCGAGUCUUGGCUCCGAAGGAAAGUGAGGAGCCCAGGAAAAUGAGGAGCCCACCUGGAGAGAACCCUAGCCCCCAAGGGGAGCUUCCCAGUCCCGAGUCCUCUCGGCGCCUCUUCCGCCGUUUCCGCUACCAGGAGGCGGCGGGCCCCCGGGAGGCCCUGCAACGCCUCUGGGACCUGUGCCGGGGCUGGCUGCGGCCUGAGAGGCACACCAAGGAGCAGAUUCUGGAGCUGCUGGUGCUAGAGCAGUUCCUGGCCAUCCUGCCCCGGGAGAUCCAGAGCUGGGUGCGGGCGCAGGAGCCUGAGAGCGGAGAGCAGGCUGUGGCCGCGGUGGAGGCACUGGAACGGGAGCCCGGGAGACCCUGGCAGUGGCUCAAGCACUGUGAAGACCCUGUGGUGAUUGAUGAUGGGGACAGCCCUCUGGACCAGGAGCAGGAGCAGCUGCCGGUAGAGCCCCACAGCGACCUUGCAAAGAGCCAGGAUGCCCAGCCCAUAGCCCUGGCACAGUGCCUGGGGCUCCCAAGCAGAGCACCAAGCCAGCUCAGCGGGGAUCCAGUUCUGCAAGAUGCUUUCCUUCUUCAGGAAGAGAAUGUGCGGGACACACAGCAGGUGACCACCCUCCAGCUACCCCCGAAUCGGGUUUCUCCGUUCAAGGACAUGAUUUUAUGCUUCUCUGAAGAGGAUUGGUCCCUUCUAGAUCCUGCCCAGACUGGCUUCUAUGGAGAGUUCAUCAUUGGGGAGGAUUGCGGGGUCUCAAUUCCUCCAAAUGAGCUAGCGGCCCAGCCGGAUCUCUCCCAGAGAGAGGAGAAUGAGCCUCGCGUUCCAGAGCCGCAGGAUCUGCAGGGGAAAGAAGUGCCCCAGGUCUCCUACUUGGACUCUCCAAGUCUCCAGCCAUUCCAAGUAGAAGAAAGGAGGAAACGUGAGGAGCUGCAGGUGCCGGGGUUCCAGGCCUGCCCACAGACGGUGGUGCCUCAAAACACCUACCCAGCUGGCGGCAACCCGCGAUCUCUAGAGAACAGCCUGGACGAAGAAGUGACCAUCGAGAUCGUUCUGUCCAGCUCUGGGGACGAAGACUCCCAGCACGGCCCCUACUGCACGGAAGAGCCGGAGAGCCCCAAAGAGAAGCAGCGCAGCCUCCCCGCCUCCCACCGGGGCAGCGCCGAGGCUGGGGGCGAGGUGCAGACCUCCAAGAAGUCCUACGUGUGUCCGAACUGUGGGAAAAUCUUCCGCUGGAGGGUCAACUUCAUCCGACACCUGCGAAGCCGCAGGGAGCAGGAGAAGCCGCACGAGUGCUCAGUGUGCGGGGAGCUAUUCAGUGACAGCGAGGACCUGGAUGGGCACCUGGAGAGCCACGAGGCCCAGAAGCCUUACCGGUGUGGUGCCUGCGGGAAGAGCUUCCGACUCAACUCCCACCUGCUCUCCCACCGGCGGAUACACCUGCAGCCGGACAGACUCCAGCCGGUGGAGAAGAGAGAGCAGGAGGCGUCCGAGGACGCGGACGAGGGUCCCAAAGAGCCGCUGGAAAAUGGCAAGGCCAAGCUGAGCUUCCAGUGCUGUGACUGUGGGAAGGCCUUCCAGCGGCACGACCACCUGGCUCGGCACCGCAGCCACUUUCACCUGAAGGACAAAGCCCGGCCCUUCCAGUGCCGGUAUUGCGUCAAGAGCUUCUCGCAGAACUAUGACCUCCUCCGCCACGAGCGCCUACACAUGAAGCGCCGUUCCAAGCAGGCUCUGAACUCCUACUGAGCCUGCCCACCUGGGGCGGCCUCACCCUGGCCGGUGCUGCCCCCUCACAUUGGUACUGAUCAGCGCCCCCACCCAGGACGCCCCUUCCCCAGGAUAGAGAGCACACCUCCCUCCUGUCCUUGCUCUCAGGUAGUGAGCCUUCGGGUGGUACCAUGGGAGCACUCUCCCUCCCCCGGGCAUUGAAAGAGUGGCCAAGUGAGAGUUCUGUUUCUGCUGUGCCAAAAAACGGGGGGAUGUGCCACCACCAGGUUGGACAUGCCAGAUGUUCUGCGUCUUAGAGACCCCUGCCCCGUGCUCCCCAAGCUCGGGGAGUAAAACGGUUAUCCCCCGUCGGGGCGGCACCCUGGUCACCAGCCAAACCUCAGUAUACUCCCUCCCUCCCUUCCCUGUCUGAACCUGAAGCUUCAGGGUGCCUGCACUUCCACUGAGAAGCUGCUGGAGGGUGUUGGAUUGGAGGAGGGAAGAAGGCAGGGUGGGACUGACGGGUUCAGUGGGGAGCAGGGUCAGGCACACUGAGCCAGACAUGUCAAGUCUGAGCCCAAGAUUGGUGGCCAUCAGGUAGGCAGGAGCACCCCGCAGAUCCAAGAUGAUCAGGCAGCCCUUUUGGGCUUGGAGUCUGUGGCAGGGGUCUGCAGAGCUCCUUCUUCAGGUUUGGUAACAGUCAUCAUACCUUUUGAUUUUCCUGAGGGCCAGUUACUAAGCAUCUGGAGCUCACCGAAAACAAAGCUUACAUUUUAAUUUGUGUUGCACACCCACCCCAUAGUGUCUUUAUACCCCAGAGAUCCUUGGUAAAUGCUUGCGUGCUGGAAGCUGUGUGGUCAUCGUUUAAAAGGCACUUAAGUCCCUUCUUCCAAUCUGUCCUGUCUGGGAAUGUGGAGCUCAGCCCCCAGUGAGGGGUUCUCCUGUCCCGUGAGCCAAGCUCCAGAACAGAACCUUCCCUGACAUCACACUUUACAUAUACAUUAGCUUGGAGUGCUGGUGUGUCCAUUUUCUAGGUCUGUUGUAACGAAGUGCCGCACACUGGCUGGCCCAGAACAACAGGAGUGUAUUCCCUGCUAGGGCUGUUGUAACGAAGUGCCGCACACUGGCUGGCCUAGAACAACAGGAGUGUGUUCCCUGCUAGGGCUGUUGUAACGAAGUACCGCACACUGGCUGGCCUAGAACAACAGGAGUGUAUUCCCUGCUAGGGCUGUUGUAACGAAGUACCGCACACUGGCUGGCUUAGAACAACAGGAGUGUAUUCCCUGACAGUUGUGGGAGCUGCACAUUCGAGAUCAGGAUGUCCUCAGUGUUGGUGCCUUCCGAGGGCUGUGAGGGAGAAGUGGCUUCGUGCCUUUGCUGGCAGUUGCCGUUCCUUGGUGUGUGGAAGCGUCACGCACUCUCUGCCUUCAUCCCCACGUGGCAGUCUUGCUGUGGCGUGUCUGUCCCCAAGCCUCCCUUUGUUUAGGGACACCAGUCAUAUCUGAAUAGAGCCCAUCCCACCAACUCCAUUAUAAUGUCUUCUGUGUCCGCAGCAGCUGUUUACCAAUAAGGUCACAUUCUGAGGUACUAGAGGUUGGGACUUCAACAUUGGAAUUUGAAAGGGACAGCAUUCAGCCCGUGACUCCGGAUAAACGUGAGGUAUGCUAUCAUUCCUGAUUCACAGAUGAGUCAAUACAAACUUGAGUGAGCUUGCUCACUGUUCGAAGGCAGUGUUCAGACCCAAGUUUGGCAUUCAGGGCAGGUGUCCUCUGCAUGGAAGAAUCUUACUCAGUAGCCUUAAGGCUGACAAAUUCCCCUCCUCCCUGCCUUCUGAUGGGGGCUGGGCAGGCCAGCUGGAGCUGUGUCUCCUGCUGGGAUUCUGGACUGAGUGACAGUGGGUAGUGAAACCUCAAGCAAUUUAAAACGUGGUAUUGUUCCUGGAAGACUGGUUAUGUUGGCUAGGGUCAGCAAGAGAGGGCAUCAAGGCUGUAGUCUAGCAGUGACUUAAUCUGCAAGUCACACCAGACGGGUAUUUUGUAUUAUUCAUAUGUCAGAUCCUACCAACAGGCAGUGAGCCAGGCAGAGCUCCUGGUGCUCCUUGUCACUCACAUAAUUUUCACAUCAAGAAAACUCUGGGCCGGGCGCAGUGGCUCACACCUGUAAUCCCAACACUUUGGGAAGCCAAGGUGGGUGGAUCGCCUAGCUCAGUGACAGCAGCCUGGGCCACAUGGCAAAACCCCAUCUCUACCAAAAAUACAAAAAAUUAGCUGGGUGUGAUGGUGCAUGUUUGCAGCCCCAGCUACUCUGGAGGCUGAGGUGGGAGGAUUGCUUGAGUCUGGGAGGCAGAGGUUGCAGUAAGCCAAGAUUGCGCCACUGCACAAGCUGGAUGACAGAAUGAGACCCUGUCUCAAAAAUAAUUUAAAAGCCUCUGCCCCAAACUCGUUAAAAGAUUUUAUAACCACAACUACUGUUUCUGUGUAGAUGCCUCUGCGUGCCCAGGAGCAGUAAAUGCAAUAAAAUCAUUUGGUUAUACUUUGAACACAAA